GGGUCAUAGAUAUUUUUUGUUAGUUAAUUUUUUUCUCCGUUUAAUUCGUCAGUGGAGUAAUCGAAUUUCGCGGACGCCGGGCUCUAUUACCGGACAACAGGAUGUUCCUCUGGCGUGCGUGGACCUUGGCCAUGUGCGCGUGUGCGGUCAUGGCACAGCGCAUCGACCAGGAAGCGUUGUUGUCGCCCAGGCCGGCCCGAGUUCGUGACCGGGACAUCAACAAGGAUGAACCUACUUGCGAUCAGCUCAAGGCGAUGUGGAGAUUCUCGAAGCGACAAGCCCGUGCUCCCGAGAUCAUGAACGAAGUGAGUUCCUACAGAGACCCGUUGAUGUACAAUGAAUGGCCUGUCUACACAGCUGUGCCCAGAGCCGCCCCAAGGUUCCGCUACCAGUACCCGACGAUGCCCCGCGAAGCUUACGGCAGAGUUGUUACGAAAGCUCCCCCCAACGUCGUUCGCACCCCGGAUUACGAUGAGAUGUUCGGAAUGCUGAAUGUUCCGCACACUUCUGGAAAGAUCCUGAGGUACCCCGGACCUUCUCGUCCCCGUGGGGGAACCACAUACAUGGUGCCACCACAGCGUGACAGAUUCGAAGCCCUGAAGAAGCUCAUAAGGCAAGAGCACGUGCGUGAGCUUCAUCGGAAAUACGAGACUGAACAGAAGCAAGAACUGAAGGACAUGACUACCGGACAUAACAACGAUGACUACGUCUAUGGAGCAUACGGGGAACAGGAACCUCGUGGUCUGCAACCGCUUCAGGUCCCGGAAUACUCUGAAGAGUCCUCGGCCAGGCACUCCAAGAAACCUCCAUCCGGAAGCCGCCAAGUCUCCCAGUUCUCUCGCUACUCGGACGUGUUGCUGCCCCCGGUCCGCCGCACCUUCUACCACCCUUACAUCGAGUACACGGCCCCCGAAUACAUUCCCUACGUGUACUGAGCGCUCACCCAGACAACCGACGCUUUCCAGAAAACUCUCGAAGCUUUAUUAAAUACAGUUACCAUAUCGAAGGCAUAUCUUGGCUCUUGCUUCGAUUUACUCCGCGAGCUUCCUCUGCGUUCUAUUUUUUAUAAUAAAUACUUUCUUAUAGUAGUUUCUUGUUAUAGUUAAGGCAGUGCCGCGUGAUUUUCUAGUUAGUGUGCGUGAGAGAUCGUUAGAGAUACGAAGAAGCGAACUAUUCUCGGCUCCGACGAGUCAAUUUGUGAGAUUAUCGAUUAAAAUUUCGCACAUCAACCGAUGUCGCGCGUCACUGCUUCGACUUGACGUUUUGAAUCGUAUUUUUCGAUAGAUGUAAGAUUUUAUGAAAGUCGCCAUCGACACGUAUGUAGGUACCUUAUAAUACUUCCCUAAUUAUGAUGAGACGUAUACAAAUAAAUACGAGCAAUUAUAUUUGACUUCGAUGUCAAUUUGACUUAUUAUGAUUGCGAAUUUUCGACAAUAAUAAUACAAUUCGACAAUAAUAUUGUAAUUUGACAAUAAUAAUAUCGUAAUUCGACAAUAAUGUUUGUGCGUUUACAUUUGACGUUUAGUAGGAUUUAAUUAAGUAUUUUAAAAUAGACUUUUAUUAAAGAGUAAUAAAUCUUUUUUGGAUCUUGGUAGCCAUUACAGGCUUAGUUUAGUUAUAGAUAAUGUUUCGGGCAAAGGAAUUUGUUUUUGCAAAUUUUUAUUUGUGUGUUAACAUAAAAACAAACUUUUAGGUUAGUUUGAUGUUUCUUAUUUAUUUAUAUACACCCAAACAAUGCUUUUAUUUUAUUAAUUUUUAUUAUUCUUAUUUUAUUAAAGUCAUUUAUCUCAUUAUUUGUCUUAUAAAGCGCAGCCUGCAUAAUUAGGCAUGAAUAUAAUAACAAUAACUAAUAUAUUAUAGCAUGAACUAUAUAACUAUUUACAACAUGAAAUUUCAUUAAUUGUUGUGAUUAGAAUCUAAGAAGGAAAUGUAUUAGAAAUAUAUAUAUUAUAUACAUAAAAUAUUCAAAAUUAUGUCUAUUACCAAAAGCCAACGGGACGGCUGUGUCGGUUUCGGUAGCAAAUAACUUUUUAAUGAGUACAUAGCGACUCUGUUUUUAAGCCAGUUCCUGAAGUUUUUU